AUGACGCUGAUCAAAGCGAGUGCAGAAUACCUGAAUGUGAACCUUCACGAGGCUGAGCUUUCGUUCCAAAGAGAAGAAAAGGAGGCCUUUGAAGCUGAGCAAAGGGCCAUGAAGGAGAAGAUGGAGUAUGAAGCGUCACUGCUACAGAAAAAGGUAGGACGUCCCGAAGAUCCGUGUCCUGACGUCAACAACCUAGAGCUGAGAGAGGCGGAAGAGGCGGCAGUUGACUAUCAGAAGGAGCUGCAAGAGGCCAAGGACGCAGAAGAAUUCUUACGGGUGAAGAAGAAAGAGAAGCAAAAUCUCAAACGCUCCCUUGCAAGUCUGCAAAGAUUGGCCAACGAAGCAGAAGUAGCUGCCAACGAAGCUGAAGUCAGAUCUGCAGCUGACGACAACAAUGAUAGCCUGAAGAAAGAAUCCGAUCGACUCCGCAUUCAGGCAAUCAUCGCAAGAAAUCGAGAGACGCUGGCUCUCGAGGCCUUGCAGGAAGCGGAGAAAGAAGUGCAGGCAGCUGAGCUGAUAGCAAUCAAAGAGAGGCUGGAGGCUGACGAGGCUCAAAGACGAGCUGAGAAAGAGCUGAGAGAGGCAGAGGAAGCAAAGCUGCGGGCGAUCAAGGAACGACAAGAGGCCGAUGAGGCUCGCGCUCGAUACGAAAAAGAGCGACGGGAGUACGAGGAGGCUUACACCAACAUGCUGAGAGAGCAGCAGGAGUUCGAAGAAGCGAAGAUCAAGGCAGAGAAGGAGCGGAGAGAAGCGGAGGCGGCGAAGAGACAGAUGGAAACAGCCAUGGUGCUGAUGACCUCCCAGCAGUGCGUGUCGAAAUCACUUGAGGCUCAGAGGCUAGUUUCGAGGGGGCUGAAGAUCAUCCCCGACGACUACAAAACCCUCGAGGUACUCCCACCAACGACCAUCCCUCCUAACGCGGCGCAAGGACGCGAUUCUGAGCUUCCAGACCGGAGGAGGAGGGGGUGGGACGCUGGAGGUUUUUGUCCGGAGAGGUCAACCCGAGGCUUUCCUCCCCAUCCUGUCUCUGACGACCACAAGGUCUUCAUCGAGUGGCGAGAGACUCCGACGCGGAGGAAGUGGAGGUCAAGGAUGGCGGCGAGUGAGGACUGGGCUGACCCUCAUUCAGCUCAAUCUGGCGGUGCGGAUCUUCGGGGAGGAUGGGGCCGGCCUAGAGGGCUCCCUGAUCCUGUCAGGAAGGUAGGAACUGAGGCGGACAAGGUUAUGACGACUUGGGCAGGUGAGGGAUCGGGGACGAUAGAGAACGUGCGGGUGGGAAGUUCAAACUGCUCGACUAUCUUCGUUGGGGGAGGGGAGUGGGGAAUCAGCAGGUGCAGCCUUGUGGUGCACACGACGAUCAGCGGUCUGAACGAGGACAGACAAGCUCGCACGGGGGUCCUGACGCACGACAACUCGGAGGCAAGACUGAGCGACUGUGUCGUGUGCUUCUGCUCCUCGAGCGCUCUCUCGCUGUCUGAUGCAUCCGCAAUGCGGCUCGAGCGCUGUAGAGUCCACGAUAGCAAAAGUCUGAUCGACCGCGAUCGGCGAGGAAGAAAUCAAACCUGCGAGCUCGAGCUGAGAAACUGCCACGUGGACUGCGAGAAGGGAAUCGAUAUGUCUUCUUCACAUCUUCGCGAGAGGGGAACCUCUUGCCUGACGGCUGCCUCACGAGCCUUGAGCAUACCAGUCGCCAUGUCCGCUGUCCCUGCAUGGCUUCAGGCUCCGGAUAUCGUCUCUUCCGUCAUGGUCGAUCACGAUCGGCGCCGCGCGGGGGGGCAGGUCGUCUACGGAGAUCUAGCAAGAGAUGAGAUGCAGCAUGACGAGAGUGGCAGACCUCUUCGCUCUCCAACGAGCUGGAUUCGUGAAGGGCCGACGACCCCAGCAGAGGGAGGCAGAAGAGAGCCAGGUCAAGUCACCUCAAAGGCGUUUGGGUCUGGACAGAUGAUCGGAAGGCUUCAGAAACGCGCAACAAAAGCUUGCAGAGCUUCCGCAAGAGAGCCUCUGCCGUUUGACAUUCAACAUCCGUGGAGAAUGAGCGAAGAUUGGCUUCACCUUCACGUCCUUCCGCAGAAGUUCGUGACGAUUUUGAAAGCUGCUGCCACCUGGCUUGCAUGUCUGCUCUGGAAGAACAAUCAGGAAGCAGCGGCGAUAUCAUGUGACGUCACAUGA